CUUUGUCGGCUAAUAUCUGGUUAAUUACGAUAAGUUUUGAUAUGUGGCGGACAUUCAGUUAACUAAAUAAUGACAAGUAAAAAUUGCAGAGGAUUGAGUUCGUUACAAAGAAGCAUUAGACAACGAGAGAACAGAAAAUUGAUAUAUUAUUCACUCUAUGCAUGGGGUUGCCCCUUUAUAUUAGCUACUUUUUGUGUCAUCAUGGAGUCUGUUUCCUCUCGUCUACCAGAGAUUUGGCGACCGGAAUUUCAACUAGGAGAUUGCUGGUUCAGUAAGAAGGAAACAUUGAUGAUAUAUUUUUACAAUUGGAGAAGUAUCUGUAUUAUUAGUAGCGUUUGCUUUUCCAUCUCUGCGUCAAUGAACAUCGCACGUUACGAAAAGGAAACGAGAACUCGUUUGUCAGAUUCAGACAGCAAGCAAUACAAUGACAAUAAAAAAUGGUUACAGUUGUAUCUAAGACUAUUUAUCGUGCAAUUCGUCUUGCUCAUCAUUCAAUGGGUCAUAAGAGUGUUAUAUUUAUUUAACUAUAUACCCGAUGCCAUCGGGUAUUAUAUUGAUGUGAUAGAUAUUCCGCAGCAUAUUUGCACUUUUAUUAUAUUUGUAUGCAAAAAGAAAGUCAUAAUUAUAUUAUUGAAACGAUUCGGAUGCAAGACAAAUGGUGUAUCAUCAUCGACUACUUGAUUAUCACGUCAGAGGUGUUUAUAAUGUAGGAAAAGUCGAGUUCUUGCGGACAAAGAAAACUGUCACGCGAAAGAUUUGAUGGGACUGAACUCUAAUGUGUAAAAAAGUUUGAUCGCAGUUCAAGAAUCAAUAAAUAAUCAGCAAUUUAAUAUAAUCUUAUAAUUUU